CUGCGCAGUGCUGGCCUGCGAGGGGAAGAUGGUGCUCAUCAAGGAAUUCCGAGUGGUUUUACCUUGCUCAGUGCAAGAGUAUCAAGUUGGGCAACUUUAUUCUGUGGCAGAAGCUAGCAAAAAUGAAACAGGAGGUGGUGAAGGAAUUCAAGUCUUAAAAAACGAGCCUUAUGAAAAGGAUGGUGAGAAGGGACAAUAUACUCACAAAAUCUAUCAUUUAAAGAGUAAAGUUCCUGGGUUUGUAAGGAUGUUUGCUCCAGAAGGCUCCCUGGUCUUCCACGAGAAGGCUUGGAACGCAUAUCCCUACUGUAGAACAAUUGUGACGAAUGAAUAUAUGAAAGAUGACUUCUUCAUAAAAAUUGAGACCUGGCAUAAACCAGACUUGGGGACAUCAGAGAACGUGCACAAUUUAGAUCCAAACACAUGGAAGAGUGUUGAAGUCGUUCAUAUUGACAUUGCGGAUAGAACUCAAGUAGAACCAGGAGACUACAAAGCUGAUGAAGAUCCUGCGUUAUUCCAGUCGGUUAAGACGAAGCGAGGACCUCUGGGGCCAAACUGGAAGAAAGAGCUAGCAACUGAUGAAGAGUGUCCAAAAAUGUGUGCUUACAAGUUGGUGACUAUCAAAUUUAAAUGGUGGGGACUGCAGAACAAAGUCGAAAACUUUAUACAAAAGCAAGAAAAAAGGAUAUUUACCAACUUUCAUCGCCAGUUGUUCUGUUGGAUUGACAAGUGGAUUGAUCUGACCAUGGAAGACAUUAGGAGAAUGGAGGAUGAAACCCAGAAGGAGCUGGAAGCGAUGCGUAAGAAGGGUUCCGUUCGAGGCACUUUGGCUGCUGACGCCUAGAGGAGUUCUCUGUAGGUUCUGAGGCAAAUCAAGCUGUUUACGUUAUCAAGGCCAAGUCAGAGGAACAAGUGCUGCCAAUGAUGAAUGAUGAUGGAUUUAACCGUCACAUGCAGUGUUGAUAUACAAAUGUGUGUGUGGAUGCAUGAUUAUUUGUAUAUAAUUAUAUAUACGCACAUGCAUACUGAAGGGGGUUGUUACAGUGUCUCCAGGGUACUAUACCUGUCCUCAGCAACGAUUCAAAGGAACCUGCUUUCAUUCUGUAUACCUGAAGCAAAUAAAAAUCAACUGAGUAGUGUCAUUUAAAGGAUGAAUUAACUGCAGAAUUAUCCUAACUGGUAUGUUUCAUGAAUGUCAAUACUGGACCAAUUUAUUCCCUACUUGUUUUUUUUUUUUUUUCCUCCUGUCUCGAGUCACUCUGCUAUAACUUGCCCAUAUCUCAUUUGUAAAGAAACAGAUUCAAGUAAGUUAAUUUCA